GCUGUGAUAGAGGCGUGGAUGCCAGACUAGCGUUUUGUUACAGGCAGUUCGGCGUUGCCCUGUAGACUAGCCAAUUUUAGGGGCGGUGAUGGCGACUCGUAAGAUUUGAGUCGAGAAAAUAAAUUUAUUAGAUGUUUGUUUGUUUUAAAUGUUGUCACUUUUUUUUUUGUGACAGUGGACUACAGAGGCGCUGUCUACUAGAUCGCGCUAUCCCGCAUUGACAGCAGGCUGAGCUACGGGUACACGGAGUCUGGAUUGCUGCUUUGUCUAGAGCCAAAGCUACCGUGUAGUGAAAGAAGCAUUCAUCAUUGAAAAUGAACGUAAAUCCGACGUCGUGACAGAAUUUUGUCUACUUUGUGCCGUGGUGCCAGAAAGGAAGUUAAGAUGAAGAACUAUCGAAUGGGUAUCAUCCUAACAUUAUGGGUGUUUGUAGAGUGCAUAGAGGCUAAGAAGUUCUGCUUGUAUUUUCAGGAAGGAUAUCCCACCUACUUCAUAUGCCGUUCAUAUGAAGAUUGUUGUGGAACGCGAUGCUGUGUCCGAGCGCUCUCCAUCCAAAGGCUCUGGUACUUCUGGCUACUGCUGAUGAUGGGUGUGCUUUUUUGCUGUGGAGCUGGCUUUUUUAUUCGUCGACGCAUGUAUCCAUCUCCUCUGAGUGAAGAAACUGCCUUUAAUGUGUCUUUCACCAGACAACCUGUGAGCACACCAGUCUCUCAACAGCCUGGCACUCAAGGUUUUGGUGAUCCUGCCAUGGUAAUGCCUCUUGCCCCUGCCUACCCGGGUCAACCCAGUACAGCACAUAUGAUGACCGCCUAUCCAGCACCACCAUCCUACUGCAAUCACCCUCCACCCUCUUAUGACCAGGUCUUCAAGACCACGGAGAAAAAGUAGGCUGAGGCCUACACCAGGGGACAGCGCUACAGCUCUCCAAGCCAUCUAUUCAAUCCGGGAUGAUACAACGCUGCACAACAGCUCCGAUGGUCUAGAUUGUUUUCAAGUAGCUUAAAGUGGGUUUUCAAGAAAUGUUUUGUUUUUUUGGUUUUUUUUGUACAUUUGUUUUAGAACAUGGGCAGUUUGUCACUUUGUUCAUUGUUCCAUCAUUAGAGCUGAAAUAUGGACAUGUUUUUAAUCAGACCCUCUUUAUUAAUAAAGAAAUCAAAAUAUUUGGAAAAGGACAAUGCAGGAUAUGACCUGUAGUGCUUCGAUAGAGUUUUACACUGGGAAUUUAGUGGAAGGAAAAGUUUGCUCCACAUAUAUAAAACAAGGCAGUGAAUCCAAACUUGUCAUGGCUCUGUAAUUAUUUGGUUCAACAAAAGAAAGUGACUGACUUGGUUUUAACACACACUUCCUGUUCCUUACGUUCAACUCCAGGGAUGCUAUUUCAUUUAGAUUGGUAGCCUGGAAAUGGAGGCUUGGGGCAGAGAAAUGGAAAUCUUCCUCAAAUCACCAUCAGUGUGCUGCAAGCACUUGACUGAGUGUGUUUUAACUCCAUCUUUGAUAUAAAGAGGACCAAUGCAGACUUCAGAAGUAACCUAGGUGCUGAAAUUAAGCCUUCCCUUUUCCAUUAGGGCAACGCAUGCUCCCAAGGCAACGGAACAGGUGCUAUGGAAACCAAGUCAUGACUCUCUAAAUAUGAACUCAAGGACAGCCAGAGUACAUCUCUCCUCAAAUCUCAAGUCUGGCUGGUCCUCACAAUACAUAAAAGCUUCUCACCCUCAAAUGCCAUGCGGCCAGUCCUCACUAUCUAGAGCACAGAGUUUAGUUAUUGUAAGCACAGUUAAUGUCUGGUUCAGAAUCAGUUUCAUUUAGAAAUAUCUUGAGUGACAGCUGAUUAGGAGGACAGGUCCAAGGGUUGCCCAUUUAUGCGCUCAUUAACACAGCCUGAACUCAAACAAUUUAAACUGGCAAUGAAGGAUGUAGUGUUUUUAUGGUAUUUUUGUUUGUUUUUGUAUUAAACUUGUUUUUCAAAAGCAAGUGAAUUAAAAAAACAUGCACAAAGAGGUGGUCCGCAGUGUUGUGGUAAUUGUUCCCAACACAAAGAUUUGCAGGAGAUUUGCUUGUGUCUAAAGGCUGUCUUUUGGAUGGGGUGAAAAACUGCAGAGGUUCAUUUUGAGUGAAAGCCAUCUUCUACUGAAAACCACACGUUGAGCGAUUUGGUGAGAAUUACAACUGCCUGGAGCAGUUUUAUGGAAUAUCUGCAUUUAAAGUGAAAAAAAAACCUAAGUUCAAAUUCAAACAUGUUUUUUUUAAAUAAUACAAAUUAAACAAUGCAUACACACACAUACACUGCCUGGCCAAAAAAUAGGUUUCACACCCUAAUAUUUCGUUGGUCCACCUUUAGCUUUGAUUACAGCAUGCAUUUGCUGUGGCAUAGUUUCCACAAGCUUCUGCAAUGUCACAACAUUUAUU